UGAACAAAUUCCACCAGAUGAAUGGUAUCAAGGUAUUAAUAAAAUAUUAACAUUACCAUCAAUUACAGCGGUCGCCUUCGAUGAUGCACUUAGAACAGAAAUUUUGAAAAGCAAGAUGACUGGAAAAUAUACAGAUAUACCCACCCAACACGUUUCAACUGUUAGCGAGCAACCAUCAAAUACAGUUUCAGCUUUAAUUACCUCCGAAGAAAUAGAUAGAAAAAUUCAAACUGCAGUUGCUUCAUUAGAGAAUCAAAAGAAUGUAAUGGAGGAUAUUUCUAGUCGUCUCUCUAACCACGAAGUAAUUGUCUCCAGCAAGGGAAAAAAGAAUAACUCUUCAAGUAGUGAUGAUAUAGAUGCGAUUACAAAAGGUAUAGCAGAAUUAUCAUUAAAUCUGGUUAAAACUUCAAAAGUUAUCAAGAAAUCUCUACGCAGAUGUUCCAUUUGUAAUAAGGCGGGCCACACCUCCCGUACUUGUCCUAAAAAGAAAAAAAGUAGACAAAAAGCCCGUGUUAACCAUAUCAAUAAAAAUAAUAGUUCAGACUCAGAGAAUGAUUCUUCUGGUAGUGGUUCUGGGUCGGGCUCAAGUUCUGAAGAAUCUGAAGCUGAAUCCGAUCAUAGUUUUGAUGUACACCUUUCUAAAUCAAAAAAAAAGUGA